AUGGAAACUGUGGCAUCAAUUGAACUCAGUGAUGAUGAUAUGGACGAUGCUUCAAGCAUCGAGAAGGCUCACGAAGUAGCCAGUCGUGCUUUCAACGACGAAAAUGAAUACUCAGAUCUCGGACAAAUGAGUGAAUCCAUUACUGGAAAAGCAACCGAAAACGAUAAUGAUGAGGUAAGACAAGAGGAUCCGCCCAACAAAAUUGUCAUUCAAAAGGACCCAAAUCACGUUUCGGUCAAUGAACGCGCUGACGAUGACUCUUUUACAUUGAGCCACCCAAAUGAUGAAGACAAAGUUGAUCAAGCUUGUGAAAAUGACAACACACAAGAAAAUGUUACCAACGAGAAGAAAGAGCGUACAGAUCUCGGUCAAAUGACUGAUGAUAAUGAUAUGGACGGUAAUGCUUCAAGCAACGAGAAUGCUCACGAAGUGGCCGGUUGUGAUUUCAACGACGAAAAUGAGCACCCAGAUCUCGGACAAAGAAGUGAAUCCGUUGCUCGAGUGGCAGCCAAAAAUGUUACACCAAAGAAAACUUUGAUGAUUCGCCGUAACUACGCAUUGAAGUCUAUCGAAAACAAACCAAUCCGAAAUGAAACACAGAUCGAUUCACCAUCUGGACUGCUCUUGCGGAAAAACUACAUGAAGGUUAUCCAAAACGCAGCCAAAAAUGAUGAUGGUACGAUGAAGAAGGAUCCACCCAACGACGUUGUCAUUCCACCUCACGUUUCGGUCAAUGAACGCGCUGACGAUGACUCUUUUACAUUGAGCCACCUAAAUGAUGAAGACAAAGGUGAUCAAGCUUGUGAAAAUGACAACACACAAGAGAAUGUUACCAACGAGAAGAAAGAGCGUACAGAUCUCGGUCAAAUGACUGAUGAUAAUGAUAUGGACGGUAAUGCUUCAAGCAACGAGAAUGCCCACGAAGUGGCCGGUUGUGAUUUCAACGACGAAAAUGAGCACCCAGAUCUCGGACAAAGAAGUGAAUCCGUUGCUCGAGUGGCAGCCAAAAAUGUUACACCAAAGAAAACUUUGAUGAUUCGCCGUAACUACGCAUUGAAGUCUAUCGAAAACAAACCAAUCCGAAAUGAAACACAGAACGAUUCACCAUCUGGACUGCUCUUG